AGCAGAUUUACAGAGUGCUGCGGACGAGGGAAGCGGCGGGUGCGGGAAGAACGGAGACGAGUUGGGAGGCGGGACGGGCGUCUGCUAGGCGAGCGGGCCAAAAAAGAGGAAGGUAGACAGAGGAGGUUGCAGGUUGCCCAUCAUCUCCACGCCCGCCCGCCCUCCUCCGCCGCCCUCAUCCUCUCCAUCUGCUUGCUGGAAAGGCUGCGGCGCCGUACGGCCUUUCGUCUUCACCUCGCGUGCACUGGCCGGCCUCGUCCAAAAUAACCUCGCUAGAACGGCAUCUCUCAGCCGCGGUCUGAAGCCUAACUCGGCAUAUGGAUCGAACUGUACCCCGCAGGGCUUCGGCACUGGGCAUGUCGUCCUCAGCGUCCCCCGACAUGUAUCAUAGACCCUACCCUACUGUUCGCACUAAUCCGCCGUCCCCGCAAGACGGCACCUUCGCCCAGUCGUCCCCGCCGCCAUGGGGCAGCGCGCGGGUCACGCCUACCUACACUCCCCCGCCUACUCCUCCGAUACACUACCAUCCCCCGCCGCCUCCGAGCCCAUUGCCGGCGAGCAGCACUGCCGAGAGCGCUCCGACGAUAUGCGGCAUGCCCUUGAAAUACUUCUCCCUUAUCACGCUUGCCGUGCAGAAUGCCGCAUUGUCCAUCGUCAUGCACUACUCGCGAGUCUCAACGCCUGCGGCUCAGUCGUAUUCGCCCGCCGCGGCAGUGCUGCUCAAUGAGCUGCUCAAGGGGUCCAUCUCGUUUGUCAUUGCCUUCCUCAGGGUCGCGGAUGCCUCGGACGCGUCGAGGAGAGGAGUAAUGGGGUGGUUGUCGGCGUUGCAGAGGGUGUCGCGAGAGAUCUUCAGCCCGGACUGCUGGAAGCUGUCAAUACCGGCUCUCCUCUACGUGGUGCAGAACUCGCUCCAGUUCGUCGCGGUUGGCAAUCUGCCCGUCGCCACGUUCCAGGUGACGUACCAGAUGAAGAUCCUUACCACGGCCGCCUUCUCCGUCAUGUUGCUUCGCAGGAAGCUCAGCUCCACGAAGUGGUUGUCGUUGCUGUUCCUCGCCAUCGGUGUCGGUAUCGUGCAGAUUCAGUCAAGCAGCAGCAGCCACAUCCCCUCCAGGCAGAACCAUCCGGUCGGCAGCGCCCACGAAUCUGCACCCUUGCACAUACACAUCAUGAGCCCGCUGAAAGGCUUCGGGGCUGUGACGGCGGCAUGUUUCACUUCGGGACUCGCUGGCGUUUACUUCGAGAUGGUGCUGAAGAACUCGAAAGCCGAUCUUUGGGUACGCAACGUCCAGUUGUCAUUAUUCUCCUUGCCCCCGGCUAUCCUGCCCAUCAUUUGGAACGCGGAUCCGCGGAUCUACCAGGACGGCAUCAUUGCCUCUGUUUUGCGCAACUUCGGCGGUUGGGCAUGGGCGACGGUGUCGGUCCAGGUGCUCGGUGGACUGAUUACGGCAAUCGUCAUCAAGUAUUCGGACAACAUAAUGAAGGGAUUCGCGACGAGUCUCUCCAUCGUCUUGUCGUUUUUGGCAUCGGUCGCGCUGUUUGGCUUCCGUAUCACCCCUUCCUUCGUCAUCGGCUCCACUACGGUCCUGGCCGCGACGUGGAUGUACAACCAGCCCCCAGGGCAGGAGCUCGUCGCCAUCACCAACGUCUUGCCCGUCAUUCCCGGAAAACUGGAGAACCCCUCGACCACCCCCGUCAGCCCCGAUGCUCCCAUCAUCGGCCAGUUCGACAGGAAGGAUUCAUCUCCGUUCGGGAGCCCCCGCGUCACCGCCACCGCGCUCGGCCUACCAGGGGAGAAGCAAGACGGACUUGGGCCGAUACUCGCUACGGACCGAUACCUCAACGCGCCGUACGGUUCGCCCUUCCCGUCACGGACGCCGUCGCCGAUUCCGACAUCGCUAUACCCGAGCUCGCGGAACGCCUCGCAGACGAGCCUCGCCCCCGCGCGGCGGCAUCCCCAAUAAGCACAAGCGAUCAUGUUGUUGAAUAGAAUACGACCAAGCCUAUCUAACGAGCCCGAUACGAUACCCGCCCCAGAGACUUUGCAGUAGACAUUCACCGUGACAAUGCCCACGCCAUCCUCCGCCCCUUCUUUACGAGAUCUAUUACAAGUUAGCCCAUCCAGUGCCGUACACCGCAUACUUUCUGCCCCUUCGUGUUUAUUCUUCUCUAGUUCACUGGAGGCGUGCGUAUAGUCUAUACGCGUUUCUGUAAUACACCACUUUUGCGGA